AUGGAGGAAGACAAUUCCAUCAACAUUCUACAGGAAAUCUUGAAAUCCAAGAUACUAGAUUGGGACCCACAUGGUUCGAAGAUCUUAGAGACUCAUGGAUGCAAAACCAGAGAGACAGCUGAAGAUGGAUGGAAUACGGAUGAUGAUAUUGGAGCACUGUCAACAGCCGUCGACAACUGCAAAAUUGUGGAUAAAGAUAGGGCUCUUUUUGAAAAUAAUAAUAAGGGGCGACGAGGGAGGCCAAGAAAGCGAGCAAUACAGCGUCGUAGCAGGCAAAAUGCAGAGGUUUCGACUGCUCUGGAGAGCACCUCAAAUGAGAACAUUCAGAAUGCAGGCAGAAAAUAUACCAUCUGUGCUACCACAAGUCCAGUGCCACAACAUUUUCCCACUCAAGCAAAUGUGGUCCACUGUAUCCCGCCUAAAAAACCAAUAAGCACCAUAUGCGAUGCGAAUAAACAGGGUGGAGUAAGUGAGGAGGAUGAUAGAUUCGAUGUACUACAUAAAAUCAUAAACUCUGGCAUCAUGGAUUGGAAUUCGCAGGAGUCAUGGACCGCAAGCCAGAUGACAUAUGAUUGUGGGCCAGAUAUCAACUGUCAUAUCAAGAAGCAUUCAAGCAUAGUGGAGGGUAGUGGAGUAAAGGAUAAGCCUCGCCGGCCACGAGGAAGGCCAGCUAAAAAAGUUAUCACACAUCGCAGCCAAUACAAAACAAGACCUUCCAUGAAUAAUGAUGGUGUCAGAUUUAUCAUACGUGCGACAAGUAACCCAUGCCAGCGGAAAUCGCCAGCAACAAUAGAUAGAGUAUACUGCGAGGGUAUUGAUGACACCUUCAUCUCUACAGAUGAAUGUCAAACAAACGACCUACCAAGGACUACAGAAGGACCUGAUCUCGAUUUAAAUGAGAUAGCUGUGGAAGAGAUAGCACUUGCCAAACAGAACCCCAAUCAACGACAUCGGGGACGUCCAAAAAAGCGACUCAGGCGUCUGCAAGUGACUGCAUCGCAGAAAGAUGUAACUCAAGAAUUUAUUCACAGUGUUGUUGAAAUGCAUGACGAUGAAGAAGAAGAAGAAGAAGAAGAAGAAGAAGAAGAAGAAGAUCUCAUUGAAAAAUCUCAACGCAGUUCAGCACCCCUUGAUGGAAACAAACUGGAUCUUGACUAUAGACCUACGCCACCACCACAAACUGACUUUCGGUCACCCUCACUUGAAGUACCGGCACUCGCUAUGUUAGCUGAACCUACAGAGGAGGAAACAUCUUCUCGUGCAAUGGCCCGACCAGUUGUGUGGACAUCUGCUUGGCACAACUGGAGAACUCUUGAAUCGAAUGAGUGGCUUGAUGCGACAGUGGCAAACUAUUAUUUGUGUCACAUUUGGUAUGAGGUCGUGGACAGGUCACAAAUGAGAUACGUGGACCUGUAUGCAGCAAUGGCGAAUGACAUGGUGGAUGAUGAAGUGAAGCUAUUCAGGAAGAACCAUUUCUUACCUCAAGAAGGAACAUGCCCAGCGAUCCCUGUUGGAUUCAUCGUCCAUCAUUCCGAUCAUUUUUUUGCUGCUAUUUUCGACUAUCAGAGACACAUAGCCCAUGUUCUAGGUCGCCACAUUUCAGACACCAUAAUGGAAGUGGAUGAUGUCGAUCCACACGACUGGAGGGAUUGGGGCGGACCUCAAUACUGGAGGAGAAUCGCAUUCCUGCAUGGCUGGAACCCAGGGGAUGUCACCGAUGUGUCUGUGAUACCAAAUGAUUGGGAGCAAAACGGAGUCGACUGUGGUCCCAUAGCUUGCUCUGUGCUGGAGCAAUGUCUGCGCACAGGUUUAGACGAGUAUGGAAACCUCCCAGCACUUAAAUUUCAAUGUGGCCACAGACUGCGCAUCCACAUGUUGCGAGUAAUUGCUGGGCGUAUCAAGCUGAGCUGUAGCGACUACCUGAUGCUCCUCGACAGACCAAUGGACGAUCGGACAGAGGAUGACAUACCGGACGAGGAUGUAAUAAACGCGAUUCAGAAUGGGCAGCACCAGGCCGAAUGCGUCAAGCUCUUGAAGAAAUUGACUGUUGUCAGCGCCACCUGCUCAACGUGUCAUCAAUCCAUAUUCAACCAGAAUGGCGAACACCCCUCACCUAAUGAUGACGAUGGAGAUCAAACCACAGUAGACCAGGAUGGCUUAGAAGCAGAAUGGAGUGAAGAUGAGAAUGCCAUCGACAUCCAUCUGCCUAAAGAAAGGAGGGACAAUCUCGCAAAGCUGAUCAAAGAAAACCGACAAUUGGCUGGUUCUCGGAAUCGUAAUGCUAUAGUUCCUCGCGCUAUUGGAACACACCUUGAAUUGGAGCAAGAAACACCACCUGAUUCCAUAAAUACAGGGGACUCACAGCGCUCUGCGGCUGCCUCAGUGUCUCGUAGGCGAGUGAAGAACUUGAAUCUUGGAAGCAGUAAACGAUUUCCACGUCCAACUGCACCACCACCACUAGCUGCAUAUCGGGGAUCAACAUGGCUCCAGGAUAACCAUCAAUUCGAUGAUUAUGAGGGCGGACCUACGAUAGAGAUGUUGAUGACUCCCAGGGACAUUAAUCCAACCAUGACAUUCCAGGUUGGGGGAAUCCAGCUGUCGACUGCAUGGGUGGACUGGAUCGAUCAUGGAUACCGCAUCACUCCUAGCUCAUUCCAUAUAUUCUAUCAAUGCGAGCCCAUAGCUACCAUGGACCACAUCAUGUGUGUUGGCACUACCAAUUUCCAUGACCCCUCGAAUCAAGUUCCAGAUCGAGUCACAGGUGCAUACAGCCUGAAUCGUCUGGGGUUGGCUAAGGAAGGUCAGAACACGCACAUCUCUGACGUCGAGAUUCUCUCUGCUUCAGAACUCAUCGAUGCCGCCCAAUAUGAUCCCCCACUGCAUGAGGAGUGUAGGUUCGGACACAAUGCCUUUGUUCGUGGCCGGACCAGCCAUCGCUUCGGAGACGGACCUGCAUUAUAUGUUGACCUUGAACGGGAUGCGGUUAAAUUUUCAGAAGAUGAGCUAGAGACAUCAGUGGACAUAGACAGUAUAAUUUGGACGACAAAGGUGUUCCGAUGCAGGGGCACAAUCACACGUAUGUCGAACAUCACCAUUCCACAGUCAGAAGAAGAUGCGAAUGCGCCUGGUGGAAGAAAGGAAUGGCUGUCUAAAAGGUUUCCUAUGGCUGCCAUCCCUCAUGCCUGUAUGGGCCGCAUAUCAUCCGCAUCCUCGACACUCAAUCUCUAUAUUGCAUUUCCGAGGAUGAUCCACCAACACCCAGUGAAUGGACGAAGAAUCACACUGAUGCCAAAGGAGGUCUUGGAUAUUUUCUGGGAUAGGGUACUGCUUCCAUCUAUAGGAGAUUGCACCGAUGUCAGCUGGGCGCCUUAUAUGAAGCACACGUUAGAGGAGGCACGAUACAAGGCAAGAGGUGUGGAAGGACGCAAAGGAGGAUGGGGACCUCCAAAAACAAUUCCCCUGUCAGAUGAUGACUUUAGGGAUGUUCAGGAACGCAUGGAAGCCUGCAUACGCAAUGGAGAGGGGGAGCUCAGCAUGUAUGGGUCGUUCUUCUUCAUUUUGGAGGGGAAGGGAAUCAAGCUCCUCACAAAGGAUGGACAGCGAGGACGUUUCUCAGGACCGGAGGAAGCCUUGCGUCGCAACCUGUCAGACCUGGACUGGCCAUAUAUGAUGAACCACAGGCAUGGCGAGCUUCUGGUGGAUGUGGGUAUCUCAUUCACUCCACGCUCUCCAGAAGUUCCGGUUGUUGGUGUAUGGAGAUUAGAUGCAUUGGAGGCAUCGUAUGGCGCAGGAGGUUACAAGCGAGGCGAGAUUCAUCACCAGAACACACUCUCCAGAUAUGGUGCCCUCCAGGCAGAGAUGCAGCAGCAGAGAUCCCAGCAGACCCACAUAGCAUUCCGGAGCAGCUACAACCUAUACUACGAAUCCAUCCGAACAAACAACAACCAGGUAAACUUCGCUUCGGACAGUGAUGCCUACAAGCUUUCUCCAUCGUACAUGGCCGAAUGCUUCGAAAUAAUGAAGGUUGUCGAAGGGUGCAAGGGGAAAACAUAUGGUGUCAGAGAUGAGUAUAGGGUGAGCGGACAAGCGGCUAGAACAAUGUUGGAUAACAUAGAAAACAAGGCUAUAGACUAUCUGCGCUCAGAUCCUAUACUGUGGAUUCCAUCCAAUGUCUGGUUUGAGUUGAUCAGGCGACGUGUGCGGGAGAUUCAAAGGACCCAAAUCUUCAUUGUCAAAAAGAACCCUCCCAAUCUUGGCACCCUAACUGGCUUGCUGAACCACAUGCUUCGUUCAACCAUAUCAACGCCUAUCGUCUACGACCGUCAUGUCCGUGAAUCACUCGCCCUCCUUGAAUACAGAAAUGUACUCGAAACAGCAGGGAUGUUCUUCUUGCAGGAAUUUGAUCUAUGCAGCGAAACCUGCCUGGAGGAAGUGCAGCAAAUCGAUGAUGUGAAUGUGUUGGCACUCAUGGGUGUAAAUGCGAAGGCUCAAAGAGACAAAGCAGUGGGAAAAGUGGAAGGAUGGAAGAUAACAGAGUCAGGAAUGGAAGGCUAUCCUCUUGGUCGGACACCAACAUGGACUCAGCUAAAGACAGCAAUUUCAAGCUCUCCUGCGACGAUCAUGAGACCAUGGGUAUGGUUAUCCAGCUUUUCUAACAUCGAACUCUCUGUUGAACGACUUGUGGUUGCAUUCACGAGGCACAUGUGGCUGAUGCUGACGGAUGAAGUCCUUAAGGGCAUCAGACCCUACCCCAAAUCGCUUAAGGAGUCCAUGAAGUGCUGGACGAUGACGAGCAUCGACGAUACCCUCGCUUUAGUUGCUUUUGAAGCAUGCAAUUCUGGGUUGCAUGAUCAUACAGGCGUAACUCCAGGUCGCAUGGGUCCCAAGUCGAGAGCGUUUGUGGACAGAUGCUCCCUAUUUUUUCCCGAUCCUGAUGCAUCACAUAAAAACAACGCUCAAUGGUCCACACUAUGGGAGGGAGAUGGAUACAUCGCACAGUUUCACAGGAUGAUGAAGAUGAUGGAAGAAGAACAACGGGUAUUGCUGAAGCAAGGUCUACGCUGA